UAGCUUACAUGAAAAAGUUUGAGCUUUGAAGCUUUACUUUUUCACCUUAUAUUUGUUCGAUCAAUUCUUGCUAUAAAUACAUGUUGAGACUAUGAGAGCAAUGUCCUUUAUAGGCUCUAGCUAGUAGCAGCAUACAUAGUAAUAGUAUGGCUCUUCGAUGGUUUCUCCUUCUCAGCCUCAUUUGCAGUAUUCUACUGCUUGUCGAUGUUACUCACUCAACUGCUCAGGAUACCCGAAAGCCUUAUGUUGUGUAUAUGGGCGACAAGCCAAAGAACGGGGUACCCAUAUUACCUGAUCUUCAUGUGAAUAUGCUACAGGACGUAGUUGACAGCAGCAACAUUGAUAUUGCACAUGAAGCUCUGCUUCUUCACAGCUACAAGAGAAGUUUCAAUGGAUUUGCUGCAAUGCUCACAGAGCAAGAAGCACAAAAAAUGACCGGAAUGGAUGGUGUAGUGUCUGUCUUCCUAAGCAAACAAAGGAGCGUGAAAACAACAAAGUCAUGGAACUUCCUUGGGUUUCCAGAAACAGUUAAGAGAAGCGCCCUUGAAAGGGAUAUCAUCGUCGGUGUGAUAGACAGUGGAAUUUGGCCAGAGUCAGACAGCUUUAGUGAUGCUGGUUUUGGUCCUCCACCUAAGAAAUGGAAAGGCAAAUGUCAAGGCAAUGGAAAUCUUGCUUGUAACAAUAAAAUCAUUGGAGCACAGUAUUACCGUGCUUCUCGAUCCUUCGAAGCAGAUGUUGAGUCUCCAAGAGACUCAAAUGGUCAUGGAACUCAUACUGCAUCAACGGCAGCUGGGAACACAGUGAGCAAGGCAAGCCUAAAUGGUUUAGGGUUGGGAAAAGCAAGAGGAGGGGUGCCAUCAACACGUAUUGCCGUGUACAAAGUAUGCUGGAGCAACACGCCUGCUUGUGAAGAUGCUGACGUUUUAGCGGCAUUCGAUGAUGCCAUUGCUGACGGUGUCGACAUUCUCUCUAUUUCCGUCGGGGGCAGUAUUCCAGUUGAUUAUUUAAAUGAUGCAUUUGCAAUUGGGGCAUUUCAUGCUACCAGAAAUGGGAUAUUAGUUUCCAUGGCCGCUGGUAACGAAGGUCCGGGAGCAAAAACUGUGACAAACUUUGCACCAUGGCAACUUUCUGUGGCUGCUACCACCAUAAACCGCCAAUUCAUCACCAAAGUUCAAUUGGGUAACGGUAAAAUCUAUGAGGGACUUUUACCAAACAUAUAUGACCUCCGAGGUAAAUUCUAUCCUUUAAUUUAUGGUGGAGAUGCACCCAAUAAAAAAGCAGGUGCUAACGGGACCCUCUCCGGGUUUUGUCUUCAAGAUACCUUAGAAGAAGAUUUGAUCAAAGAUAAAAUUGUGCUUUGUGAUGGCCCUAUCGAUGGGGCUGGGGGUGGGGCCAUAUUGGGUGGUGCAGCAGGAAUUGUUCUGAUGGGACAAAAAGUCGCCGAUGAAGUGCUUGGCCCUCUUCCGGUGCCUGCAUCACACGUCGGGUUGGAAGAACAUAGCGACAUUUACAAAUACAUAAAAUUAACAAGGAACGCAACUGCAACUAUUUGGAAAAGUGAAGAGAUUAAUGAUGUAUUGGCUCCAUAUGUGCCCUCCUACUCAUCAAGGGGUCCAAAUCCGAUCAAUCCCAACAUUCUCAAGCCAGAUUUAGCGGCUCCAGGAACUUACAUUCUAGCGGCAUAUCCCCCAAGUGGUGGUGGCAGUAGAGCUGGAUACUAUUUAGAAACCGGGACAUCAAUGGCGUGCCCCCAUGCUACAGCCGUAGCUGCAUACGUCAAAUCAUUUCACCCUAAAUGGUCAUCGGCUGCCAUCCAAUCGGCUCUCAUCACUACCGCUAAAUCUAUGAGUUCCAAAACUAGCCCUGAUGCUGAAUUUGCAUACGGAGCUGGCCUGAUAAACCCUUCUAGGGCUCCAUAUCCUGGUUUGGUGUACAAUCUUGAUGAACAAGACUACAUAGAUUUUUUGUGUUCACAAGGAUACAGUGGUAAACUAUUGAAAGCCAUAACCAAGGACAAGACUAGUUGUUCAUCAAAAUCUAAUAAUGGAACAGCCAAUGACCUGAACUAUCCUUCUUUUGCACUUUCCAUCAAGGAUCCAAAAUUUGUUAAUGGGGUCUUCCAUAGGACUGUCACUAAUGUUGGAUCGUCGAAUUCCACAUACAGAGUUAAAGUGGUGGCUCCAUUAGGACUCAAAAUCAAUGUGAAUCCAAAUGUGCUAUCGUUCACAUCUCUCGGGCAAAAGAAAUCUUUUGUUGUCACUAUAAAAGGGCCGAUUGAGAAAUCAAAUUUAGUCUCUGCGUCUUUGAUGUGGGAUGAUGGUGUUUUCCAAGUCAAGAGCCCCAUCGUUGUCUAUGUUGCAGUUUAAUUAAGAGGUGUGUCAUGUAAGCGAAAGCAAAAAUGUAAGCGAAAGCGAAAAAUAUUGGAAAUUAAUGUCCAAGUCUACGGGCACAAUUAUAAUAAUACUCCAAGAUUUCAUCUAUAAUC